GUCUCCUAUCCAGAGCGGAAGCCCAGUCGCUGGGAAUCUCCCGCCUGCUGCAGUUGAGAAUCCUAGAGCCCUGGACCAGCACGUGGAGUAGGGAGCACACGUGGAACAGCAGCAUGGAAGAUACACAGUCAGGUAUGGAUCUAAGUAAUUCUCAGGAACAGUCAGUGGCUACAGAAGGACAGGAAGUUUUGAAAGACUGUAAUGUGAACAAAUUCCAGGAGAUGGAAAACAUGGAUAGUAGGGAAGAUAUGAAAGAGCACAGUCAACCUCAUGAAGAAACAGGAGAUGACUUGGUUAAAGUGAAGGGUGAAUACAAUGAAAGAGAAGAGAGUGCUUUGAAUUCAGAGCCUAUGGAAAAUACAGAAGAAUCUGAAAUACCUUACAGCUAUCCAAGAGAAUAUAAUGAAUACGAGAGCAUUAAACUGGAGAGACACUCUGGUUCAUAUGACAACAUCAGGCCAACUAGUGGAAAGAUGAACUGCGAUGUCUGUGGAUUAGCCUGCAUUAGCCUCAAUGUCUUGAUGGUUCACAAACGUAGCCACACUGGUGAACGGCCAUUCCAGUGUAAUCAGUGCGGAGCUUCCUUUACUCAGAAGGGUAACCUCCUCCGCCACAUUAAACUACAUACAGGGGAAAAACCUUUUAAAUGUCAUCUUUGUAGCUAUGCCUGCCAAAGGAGAGAUGCACUAACUGGUCACUUAAGGACACAUUCUGUGGAGAAGCCCUACAAAUGUGAGUUUUGUGGAAGGAGUUACAAGCAGAGAAGCUCAUUAGAGGAGCAUAAAGAGCGCUGUCGUACUUACUUGCAGAGCACUGGCAUGUGUGAGGCUGCAAGCGUGGAGGCAAGGCACAUCAAAGCAGAGAUGGGGACUGAAAGAGCACUCGUGCUGGACAGGUUAGCGAGCAACGUGGCAAAGCGAAAAAGUUCAAUGCCUCAGAAAUUUAUUGGUGAGAAGCGACAUAGCUUUGACAUUAAUUACAAUUCCAGUUUCUUGUAUGAAAAGGAAAGUGAAAUGAUGCAAGGACGUAUGAUGGACCAGGCCAUAAAUAAUGCGAUCAGCUAUCUUGGAGCAGAAGCACUGCGUCCGCUUGUACAAACCCCACCAGCUCCCACUUCUGAGAUGGUCCCUGUCAUCAGCAGCUUGUAUCCCAUACCACUCACCCGCUCUGAAAUGUCAAAUGGCAAUCCACAAGAUACAGAGAAGAGCCAUGCCCAUCUUAGAGACAAAAGUUUGUCUUCUGACAGAGGCCUUUCCCCAAACAACAGUGGCCAAGACUCCACAGAUACUGAUAGCAACCAUGAGGAGCGCCAGAAUCACACCUACCAUCAAAACCAAAUGAUCCCCUCCCAGGUCCGCAAUGGCCUCCAAUCCUUGAAGGAGCUCCCAAGGCCAUAUGACAUAAUCAAGCCACCAACCAUAUGCCCACGUGAUGCCUUUAAGGUUAUCAAUAAGGAAGGUGAUGUCAUCGGGGUCUACAGAUGUGACCAUUGUCGUGUCUUGUUUUUGGAUUAUGUGAUGUUCACCAUUCAUAUGGGAUGCCACGGAUUCCGUGAUCCUUUCGAAUGCAACAUGUGUGGGUACAGAAGCCAAGACAGAUAUGAAUUCUCCUCACAUAUAGCACGAGGAGAGCACAGAGUGGUCCUGAAGUAAAAGGAUUGAUUUUCCAAGAGACCAAAGGAUCUGUUUUAGAUUUGUUUGUUUUUUAAAUUUGACUAAAAAAAUUGCUUAAAUAUUUUUCUGUGCUAAUCCUAAAAGAGUUAGUGUCCCUUGUAGUAGCAAAGUACUGAUGGGGCUUUUUAUUUGUUACUCAAAAUGCAGUGUUCUGUAGCAUCUGUGCCUAGAUACUGUGGUGACUGGCACGAUAUAUAAAUACCAAAGAUAGCCAGAUACAGAUUUUGUAUGAACUUUAUGUUUGUGAAAAUUUAUAGCAACUUAAGAUGUUUUUAAAUAUUUUAACAUGUAUUUUUGUUAGAACAUUUGCUUCCAGUAAUAGCAAAAUGGCCAUCUAGCUGUAUUAUGAGUGAAAUACAAAGUCAAAUAUUGAUGUGAUAAUUCUCAUAAAAAAAGUUGAAAUUCAGCACAAAAGAUUGUCCAUCCUUACUGCCCUUUCAGAACCACUGUAUUCCAGCCAAUAACACACAAGAGACACUUUCUGUUAGUGUUUCAAUUCCUGAGGUAUUCCUAAAAUGGCCAAAUUAUUGAAACACAGAAAACACAUAUCUGGGGAGAUUGUAUCAAAUAACUUUUAAAUGUUUCCCCCAAAGUCUUAAAAGUGUGUUGUCUCACCACACUUUGCUUUUGCUUACUCCACUCUGUUCACUUUCUUUAAAGUCUCUCCCCACCUCAUCUCUUACUCAGUAAUACCAAAAUAAGCCAUGUGAGCUAUUUGGGGUUUUAGUUUUUGUAACUGUGUACGCUUUUGGGAUACCCAUUGAGACCAUUUGUUGGCUUGCCCCUAAAUUCUGGAGGAAAUCCUGCUUUUCAUUAAUGGAUCAAGUAUGUGUCUUUCUAACAGAACAAAAUUGCAAUGAGACUCAAGACCCGAUUCUGCUCCCAUUGACAUCAACAGCAAAACUCACACUGACUUCACCUGGUGCAGGAGCAGUCUCUAAAAUAGCAAUGGGCAGACAAAAUGCUCAUUAAGGCAAAUGGAAUUUUUGCUUAUCUAAGGGCUGCAGGAUUGGGCAGUUUGAGGUUACUAUAACUCAGGGAGAGAACAGAGACGAUAACAUAUAGAACAAAUAACAAGAAAACUUUUUGAUUUAGAAAGCAAUUUUCUAAUGACAGUGUACUGAAUGUGAAAAUAAAGGUCCCGAGUCUCCUCUCACUGGUGUUACACCUUUGUGAGAGGAACGCUCGGCUCAAAAUUUAUUGUAUCAGAUGCUACCCUCAUUUACACCCAUGUAACUUCACUGAUGGCCAGGUGGUUGUGCAGAUGAGCAUAGAAGUUGACUCAAUAUAUUUUGGAUUUAGCGUUGCCAAGUAGAAUCAUAGUGUCCUGGCAAAAAUUUGCAGUAGCUACCGUGAGAAUCUUCAUGUAAGAAUGUGUGGGAGCGGACAAUUCAAUCACACUUUCUGGUUUUACAUGGGGAUAUCCCUUGGAGUGAAAUGUGCUGUUUUGCAAAAUGAGUAUUUGCGAUUACUUUGAAGCCAGUUUUUAAAAUAGUUUUAAUCUAAUCAUUGUUCUGCAGCUGUAUUAUUAGUCAUUGUGCUGAAGAUGUGAAUAUGAUAAUUUUGCUGAGUGUAUGUUUAUUUUUUUAAAAUCUUUUAUAUAAUGUAGAGUUAGAUGUGUUUUGCUUGAUUUUUUCAUCCAGUGGGUAUUUGGUCUGAGCAUUUAUUUUGUACUUUUUCAGUGUUGUGUCAACUGCUGUGUAAUGUUUUACUUUUUUCCAUGGAGCAAAAGUGAGAGCUAGUGUUCUGAAUAGAGGACUGAGUGUAAGGAAAUACAGAAUUCUAACACUGGCUCCCUCUGUGAUCUUGGACAAAUCACUUCACCUCUCCCUGACUUAUUUUCCUCGUGUAAAAAGGGAAUGAUAAUAUUUUCUCUGCCUGAUAGGGGUAUGUGUGAAGAUUAAUAAAAUUAAUGUUUGUAAAAUGCUAUGAAGUUGAAAAGUACUAUAUAAGUGCUAAGUGUAUGUCUAUAUAUAUAUUUUGUGCAGAGUGGGGAAGAUAUUUUUGUCCAUUUGUGUUCAAUUUGUAGAUACAUAUUUGUAAAAUACUUUUAUUAAUCCCUUUGUGGUAGAAAACUUCUGAUUACCAGGGACAUUUUUAGUGAGCUGAGUGGAUGCCCCUCCUACGUCCCAAACACACCCAUGCCGCAGCACUACUACAAAACCCUUCAGUUGAGUUACUCCUGACUUACAGAAGAUCUGUAAAAUCAGAUAGGACAUUAGGUUCAUGCUCAGUAUAUUUGGAAAUACUUUGGAGUUGGUCUCUUACAAUAGGAGGUUGCCUAAAAACGGUGGGGCAGAAACAUACUGUAUUCUUCUUUAUUUCCUGUCCUAAAUUACUGUGAGCUGAUAAACAGUUUCUACAUUUCAUUCCAAAGAUGGCUGUAUUUUCAUGGGAAAAAUGAUCAAUAUAUAUGUACACCAUAGAAAAAAUGGUUCUCAUUAGGGUUAAACAAAAUCAUUUAGAAAGAUUAAUAAGAAAAAGUACAAAUAGUGAAGUGUUACCUAGUCAUUAGCACAGGAAACACCUUGAAUAACUGCAUGUAUAUUACAUCAAAUACUACCAGCUUCUUUCUCACUCCACCAUAGAAUCCUUGAAGAUUACUUUGCCCAGAAUUUACUUUCCCACUCUUCACUCAUUGUUCAGCUAGGCAGGGCUUCAACCACCUACCCACCCAUUAUUUCCCAGAUAAAGUGAGCAAUCAACCACUGCGCCUGUGAAAAGUUCAAUUCGAGCUACAUUCACAGUUUUUUGAAAGAGGUUUCACAGUAUCUUCCCCUAGUAGGCAGACUUUUCUCACCACUACUCAGGCAAAGAAGUGUUGUUAAGAUAUACUGCACCAAAAUAAAUUGCUCAUAGCCAUUUUCUGGGCCCAAUGAGCAGUGUAUUUUAAUGAGUACCUUUUAUCUGACAUGUAAAUCCUCAUUAACUUCAUGAGUGUGUGUUUGGGACUACUCCCACUUGGGCCCAGGACUGCGUUGGUCACAUAUUGGCACUGAAGCUUGAGGAGUACAUAAGGCCCACACCUGCAAAGUGCUGAGCACCACUGCUUUCCAUUUAAAUCUGGAUCUGCCCCCUAAUUUAAAAGGAUUUGCCCCCUAACUGGCAUAAAAUUGAGCAGAUUGACGCUUACCUCAUCUUUAAUAUGGAGGGGUAGCUCACAGACACUAAAGAUCGCAUCUUGCAGUGCUCCAUCUUGAUCUCAGCAGCCUUCCACUGGAUCAAGAGGAAAGAUUGCAUGGUGAAGUAAGUAGUCUGUUUUGGCCAUGUCUGUUUAUCAGAAAGAAGGUGGAUCACAACGUUGGCUGCUGAGAGUCACAUUUAGCUUGCAAGAUACAUUUUGCCAACCCCUGCUGCAAAGAGUUCAAACGCCAGAGUUGAAAAACCCAUUGAUGACUUUGCAAAAUUACCUGAACUGCAAAAUGAAAAACCUUUGCAAACUGUUGCUAGCCUAAUUUGUUCUACUGGCCUAUUUUAACACUGCUGGUUCAGUUGAUUUCAGUAUGAAAACACAUUUUGCAUAGACAUUUUUCUGAAAUGCAGCCUGAUCAACAGUUUUCUCUGUCUCAGUCAAUUCUUUGUUGUGCUAACUGAUAAAUUGCACACAUACAAAACAUUGAUAUGGUUUUUCAAAUUGUAUUGUAUCAUUAAGGAAUAAAUUUUAUUUUUUGUUUAAUAUUUUAUUGAAUUUUUGAAGGACAGACCUACAAAAAGAAUGUCUAAUAUUUGUAAUUGCUAAAGAAGUCUCAGCAGAUAUAAAAAAUAGAUGUAAUGCAAUUCUGUGUUUGUAAAAGGCCUAGCAUUAUGGGGCCUUGAUCCCUGAUUGGUGCUUUUAGAUGCUACAAAACACACGUAAUAAUAAUGCUCUAUAUGUUGAAUAAAUUUUUGUAUUUAAUUAAGACAAAUUAAUUCAGAUAGGCAGCCCCUAGCUUCCAAAUGUUGAGAAUUUUUGUCUUACUAAGCUUUAAUCUAUCAUAUUUCAUAUUUAUAAAUCAAGAAAUUGUGAUGAAACUUAUGGUCAAUAUGCAGGUUAUGUGUUAUACCCUUAAGAAUGAGCUUGAUGGCUGUGGUUAACAGAAUGUUAAAUAGUUUCUUAAUAUAACUCUGUUAAAUGUAGAGAUUUAACUAUAAUAUAGGCUACUCUUUUAAUUGUGGAAAAACUAUAUCAGUAUAGUAUAUACUGGUAGUUGAUGUAUAAAUUAUAUAUAUACAAAAAAAAGGAGCCUUGUUUGACCUUUUGGAUUUAGACUGCACAUUCCCUGCGUUCCAAGCAAAUCAAGGAUAGGCACAUAAAGAUGAAUAACAGGCCAAAUUCUGCCCUGGGAUAUACACAAGUAAUUCCUACCAAAUUUUCUGGGACUUUUAUGUGCAUAUUUCUGAAGGCAGAGUCUGGUCCUUACUUUGUCACCCAGUGUUUUAAGAAUCUCCAUUCUUUUGGCUCUAUGUUACUGAAGCCAGGUUGGCCUUGGAGAUAGUGGGGUUCUUGCUCCCUGUGAACUAGUUGAUUUGCCAGUAGAAAAUAAAGUACACUGUAAAUGUUAGCAGUGGAUUUGAAGAAUAGAAAUUCCAUUUAUCUACACAUACUGCCUGGUGACCUUAAGUGACUUUACAUUGUUAUAGGGUCAAAGGCUUUUCACCUUCACACUCUUCAUGCAAAGCCUAAACAGGCAUUGCACAGGCCUUUAGAAGCACUUGGCUACUAGAGUGAGGGGCAGUAUAGAAAUACCUAAAAUGGAAAGGACUACUCUCCCCCUUAAUCCAGAAGUGUGGAGUGGUUGGGUGGCUAAUCUGUUGCCACAGUUACAGGGAAAGGCUGUAGUAACAGCUGGUGCUCCUGGGUGUGAUGUUUAGCCCUGUAGAUCCUUGUAGUGGUAGCUCCAUUAUUUAGUCGGAGACUGUGCCUGCCAUGCCCCUGCCUCCUUCCUUCCUUCCUUCCUUCCUUCCGUAUUGCUGGCACUGUGGAAUAGAACUAUGCGGUGAGCACAUGGGGUAGAGUUCCCCAUGACAGCUAGUCCUUGGCUUGCUCCACCUCAGGAAGUGGAACUGUGUCACUUCUGCUACCUUUAGUGCUUUCUGCACCAAAAAACCAGUGGGGUGAAGGUUUCAGUCAGCCCAUAGUUCCCAGCUUCUUUUUAAAAAGUGCUUUAAGAACAAACACUUUAGUCUUCUAUGCCCCUGGGGAGUUCUGUGGAAGGCUCAAGUAUCCAGGAGUCUCUGAAAGACUAGAGCUGCACCUAACUCUCUAGAGCAGUGCUGCUGAAAGUGGUGGUCCGCCGACCGGCUGCCGGUCUGCGUGCGCAUUGGAAAAAAAAAUUGGCCGGUCCCCCCAUCAGAUAGCUUGAGAAGCACUGCUCUAGAGCACAUCAGUUAGAGGGAAGCCUCAGUAACAAGUUGUGGAAGAAGUAGCAUUUCAGGCUAAUACUAGGACAGCCAGCAGGCCCUUUUUUAGCACCUGUUUUAACAACUUCACACUUGUUCACACUUACUUCAUUCCCUCUUGACACUUUUCACCACAAUAAACUGGACCAGCUUAACAGAAGAGAGAGAAAAGAAAAAGUCAAUGCAUUUUCUUCUUUAGAGUCACCUACUUCCUUCCCACCACCCAGUAAAACCUAAACAACUGUAAAUAGUUUCCCCAUUUUGCUGCGAAAUUUUCACACUAAGCCUUAAAGAAUUAUCUAAAUAAUUUCCAGUUUUUGAAAUGUAGCAGUACUGGCAGGUUUAGAACAGUGAGCAAAAUGUUAAGAAGCAAACUCUGUUUUAAUUUUUAAUGUAUCUUCAUUGUGGCUUUUCUUUUAAUAAAAAUAAUUCUUUUGACAAUGGAAAAAAAUAUUCAUGUGCCUGGAACCAGAAACGCAUAAACAUAAGGUUUAUAAAGGUGUUGAGUUGAUGUUAGGACAGAGAGAUCCUUAUCUUUUGAUAUACUGUAAUUGUGAUAGAACAUGGAAGAACUCAUUUUGCCUGUAGUGUUCAAACAUGCUUUAUAAUGCAUGAAAAUCCUAAAAAAGUGUACACAGCAUUAAACCGCAUCAUUUGAAUGUUUUAAUGUGCUCAUGCUUUUUGCAAGACUGU